CUUUUGUACACACUCUCACAUCACUAGACUCUCGUGGUCUUUCACCCAUCCGCAGCUUGGUUUCACCAACUCGCUGCUCCGCCGCACAACAUUCAUCAUGGCGCCCCAGCUCUUCCCCGUCAAUCCUUCAGAUGUCAUGGUGAUCCGCAAUGUGACUUCCAACGUCAUUACCUUAAGCUUGCCAUUUGCGCGUUUCGGUCGGCUCAAGUUUGGUGGACGUGGUACUCUUGUCAAAAUGGAAACCGGUUCCCUUGCCGUCUUCUCUCCUGUUAAUUUGACUCAAGAAGUGCGUGAUACCAUCACCGGUCUCGGAGGCAACGUCAAAUACCUUGCAGCUCUGGAUAUGGAGCAUCAUAUUCACUUGACCGCCUGGAAAGAGGCCUUCCCUGAUGCUGCCAUUAUCGCUCCCGAAGGGCUCUGGGAAAAGCGCCAGUCCAACCCCAAAACCAAGGAUUCCGCACCUUUCGAACAUGUUUUCCGAAAGGACGCCAAUGGAAAACAGAAGAUCUCGGAAGAGUUCGACGCAGAAUUCGACACUGAAUAUGUCCAUGGCCACCCUUCGCGCGAACUUGUCUUCUACCAUCGCCCGUCCCGCUCGCUCAUCGAGGCGGAUCUUUUGUUCAACCUGCCUGCGAGGGAGCAGUACUCCAGAACUCAGGAGAGCGCCACGUCGGGUGUUUUCACCAAGAUGGUAACUCCAUUGAUGUCCGCUACUUCACCUGCGACUUGGCAGAAGAGAUUCGUCUGGUAUGUCCUGUCCAGUGGAGAUCGGCAGGCUUUCACCGAGUCCAUCCGCAGGAUUGACAAGUGGGAUUUCAAUCGCUUGAUUCCUUGCCAUGGGGACGUGGUUGAGAGCGGCGCGAAGGGGGUUUUCCGCACCGUCAUGGAAUGGUUUCUUGCUGAUCGGAAGCACGUGUAGUACGACAGAUGAAUGGCCGGUCUAAUUCGUUAAUGUCUUACCUCCUGGAUUCCCUUACUCGUUAAUCUUUCGUCUUGUUUUCUUUCGAGGGACGCGAAUUGAGAUAUCCUGAUAACGGCAGCUUGCUGUCUCGUGGUGUUCUCUAACGCCAUGCUUUCAAUGUACCAAUAGCCUAAUAUGAAAAUAGCCAUGUGAACAGCUGCGCUGUGACUCUGAAUUAAAGCGGAC